AACUGUUAAUGACUCAUCACCAAAUUACAAUUUGCCACGUUUCUUCCUUCUUGUUCGUUAUUUCCUUCCCUUAACGUUGCUUACCAGAAAAGCCAACUAACAUCUCCUUCAUUUUCCUCCCCUUUCUCUUCCGAAACCCAAACAGAAAAGCUCUUCCUUUGCUUGUUUUCAGCUCGUCAAUUUCUUAUCUAACUUAUCUAAUUAUACUCUUUGACAAAACCCCAAAAUGGGAAAUGCCCUGAGGUUCCUCUAUCAACAUUGUCACGAGCCUACUAUAACAGGGGACUCUGAAUCGUUGGGACCCCACGGCGUGUCUGCGUCCACCGUCGGCGUACCAGCUCUUGCCCAAGAUUUGUUUCAAUUUGAGACCACCUCUCAGGUCCCUGAAGGACUCGGUGAACAUGUUGUCUCUUCCAAGAAGGCUCAAGCUAAUUGGUAUAGAAAGCUAUUAGAGGCAUGGAGGGAAGCAAAACCUCCACCAAAAACACCAGAAGAAGCUGCCAGGCUUGUUAUUCAGACAUUGAAAAGGCAUCAAAAGGCAGAUGUUGAGGGCUUGUUGUCUUUCUAUGGUCUCCCACUUCCUCAUACUCUUGUUGCACAUUCUACUGGUGUCCCAACAACAUUGCCUGAUGGGGUGAAGUUUGAGUUGCAGACUUUACCGGUGGAUGCAAAAGCUGUGUCUGAUGGAGACACAAUUUCUGUCUAUGUUAACACUGCUGAUCCAAGGGAGUCAUCCUGUGUUCCAGGGGAUGUUCAAACGGCAGCUGUUCAAAGGUCGAAAGCAAGAUCUGAAGGGAACUAUGAGAGAGCAGAUGCACUCCACAAGAAAAUUACAGACUCCGGAUAUCGGGUAAUUAAUGUUGAAAACGAGGAGAUCCUUGCUCGAAAAUAUCGGAUUCGACUAAGUGGAAUAGAUGCACCGGAGAGUUCAAUGCCAUAUGGAAAAGAGGCAAAAGCAGAGCUAGUUAAGCUUGUUCAGGGCAAGUCUCUCAGAAUCUUUGUCUACAACGAAGAUAGGUAUGGCCGCUCUGUUGGGGAUGUGUAUUGCAAUGGUAUCUUUGUACAGGAAGUCAUGCUAAAGAAAGGGUUUGCAUGGCAUUAUACUGCUUAUGACAAACGCCUCGAACUGGCAUCGUGGGAGAAAGCGGCUCGAGCAAAACGAGUAGGCUUGUGGGCUCAAUCGAAUCCUGAGAAGCCAUGGGAAUGGAGGAAGGACAAAAGGGAAGGCAGAUGAACUUUUCCUAAUUGACCAUGCAGGCAAAUGUGUGAUGCAUUUGCAAUACCACUAUACCAGGACAGUGAUGACCUGCAAGUUGUACUCAAGGCAGAAAACUGCUAGAACGUAGAAGACAAGGCACGCAUCUUAGAAGCUUUACCUGCAAAUAGCUAGCCAAUAUUAUUUAUUCAUGUUGUAAUUGAUUGAGUCCUCUGUAAAAGAUUUGAACUCCUCAUUGAUAUAUUUGCUAGAAUGAAUGUAUUAGGAUUACUGAGAGUUAAUUAUUUCAAAAAUUGGUUUCGUUAUGAUCUUU